AUGAACGGCUCCUCGCCGCUCAUCUCCUCGAUUCAUCUCUCGCUGCCUUCUGAAAAGCAGCCGGACCCGGAGGAGGCGAAGCCCGGAACCACGGAGUCGGCGGCCUCCGCGGACCCGGGCGCCUCGAAGAAAAAGCCGGGCUCCCGAAAGCGCAAGGAGUCCUCGAUGGGCGUGCCGGCCACCAGAGGAAGAAAGAGACUAGACAAGGGCGCCGGCGGCGCGCCCUUGAAAUCCAGGCAAUCGCACGCCAAGCGCGUCGAGGAAGAGGCGAGCGUGGACGCGCGGCCGGCGGCGAGCACCGACGCGGCGAGUCAGGAGGCCGGCGACCAAUAUGAGGGGGACGACGCGGACGACGAAGAAGACGAGGGCAGCCUAUCAGACAACGAGAAGCUCAAAAGACAGAGAGAAGAAAUUUUGCAGAUUCGAAGAGUUCUCGCUUCAAAACUGACGCCCAUACAAGAAUGCCGGUACGAGGUAUUUCGAAAUUCUAAAAUUGAUGCGAAGCACAUCGAGGAAAUUCUGUCUGGACUGCCAAUAAAGAAGACGAAGGAGUUCACGAUUAAGAUAAUUGGGGCGAUGGGGAAGCUGUACGCUGGAGAACUGGUAGAAAAAAGCCGAGACGUGAUGACGGAGUGGGGCGACGACGGCCCCCUGCGCCCCGUUCAUAUUCGAGAGGCGCACAGAAGGAUGCAAGCGGACCACCAGUUGUUCUACAUCAAGAGGAAAUCCCCUUUCAAGCGAUGA